AUGAAGAAUGGGUUUGCGACAGUCACAGUGGUUGUUGUGAUGGUGUCACUGGUUUGCACGUGUGGGGGAAGCACGAGCGGGAACCUACACCCUUUGAUUCUAAUACCUGGUAAUGGAGGGAACCAGCUAGAAGGCAAGUUGAGCAGGGAGUACAAGCCCUCCAGUUUCAUCUGCGAAUCGUGGUACCCUCUUGUCAAGAAAAAUAAAGGCUGGUUCAGACUUUGGUUUGAUUCCAGUGUCAUUCUUGCUCCUUUCACUCACUGCUUUGCCGAACGCAUGACCCUUCACUACCACCCACAACUCGAUGAUUACUUCAACACCCCUGGAGUUCUCACUCGGGUCCCUCAAUUUGGUUCCAUCAAUUCCCUUCUUUAUCUCAACCCUCAUCUCAAGCAUAUUACCGAAUACAUGGCACCCCUUGUGGAUUCAUUACAAAAGCUUGGUUAUGUUGAUGGCGAGACUCUAUUUGGAGCCCCCUAUGACUUUCGAUAUGGUCUAGCCGCUGAAGGUCACCCCUCACAAGUGGGUUCCAAGUUCCUAAAAGACCUAAAGAACUUGAUAGAAGAAGCAUGCGCUUCCAACGAUGGGAAGCCAGUGAUACUUCUCUCCCACAGUUUAGGAGGCCUAUUUGUCCUACAACUCCUGAUUCGAAACCCCCCCUCUUGGCGUGAAAAAUUCAUCAAACACUUUAUUGCUCUUUCAGCUCCAUGGGGUGGUGCUAUUGACGAAAUGCUCACCUUUGCAUCUGGCAACACUCUAGGAGUGCCCUUAGUGGACCCUUUGUUAGUGAGGGGUGAACAGAGAAGCUCCGAGAGUAACCUUUGGCUUUUGCCUAACCCCAAAAUAUUUGGUCCUCAAAAACCAAUUGUGGUCACUCCAAAUAAGACCUAUUCCGCACAUGACAUGCUUGAUUUUCUCAAUGACAUUGGCUUUCCCGAAGGGGUUUACCCUUAUAAAACACGCAUUGUACCCUUGAUAGGGAACAUUCAAGCGCCACACGUGCCUAUAACUUGUAUUAUGGGAUCAGGAAUGAGAACCUUGGAAACUUUGUUUUAUGAGAAAGGUGAUUUUGACGAACGGCCAGAAAUCUCAUAUGGGGAUGGUGAUGGAACAGUGAACUUGGAGAGCUUGUUGGCGCUUGAAUCACUAUGGAAAGAGGAGAAAAGUCAGUACCUUAAAGUGGUUAAGAUAGAUGGUGUAUCCCAUAGUUCAAUACUCAAAGAUGAAGUUGCUCUUAAUGAAAUUGUUGGGGAGAUUAGUACAAUUAAUUCUCAUGUUUUCGGGGUAAAUAAUGUUUGA